AUGGUUUUCUCAAGUCUCAAUCCCGGGCGGCAGACCUAUCACUUGUGGCGUCGUUUCUCUAUGCCCACGGACCACGGGCCCAGAGACGCCAUUUCGGUUCCUGCUAAUGUCGCCAACCAACUCAAUUCUGCAUACACCUUCAUGGUGCAGUUGAUAAUAAUCGACUUCUGGGUCAUUCUCAUCCUUUUUGGCGUCGUCCUCUUCUUGGGGAAGGAGAAACAUAGCCAUAACAGUGGGGUGAUUGCCACGGGCAUUUGGAACGCGAAGGACUCUCCGAGCGUCAUCUGCAAACUUACCGGCUCCUAUUUCUUCAAGAUCAAAGACCGACGACGGGUGCAUUUGUUUUGGUGGACGUUGCUAGCAGCCGGCUUUGUGGUCGCUAUUUAUGCCAUCCCCAUCAAAGUCGCCCCAUACAUCAUCAUCGACAAUGCCGCUCCAGUUUCAGCCGCUGCCAUCUACGUUCCAGCCCUGAGUAACACUUUCAACGAGAAGAACCAAGUGCAGAUCAAUGCGCUCGAGGCGCCGUCGGCAUUCCGCGCAUCGGGGAGCGUCCUGGUAGCGAACUCCACCGGCCACACCCACGUUUCAAUCGAUCCGCCUGAGACGAUACAAGACCUCGGUGACGGCGAGGCCAUCGUACGCGUGGGGUAUCACUACAACAUCACGGGCGUGGACUUUGGCUUGCAACACUAUCCUGACCUCGUCCUGAGCGUCGAAGGCUCAUGCCAGACCGACUAUUCCUGGCUCCUUGCCGAAUCUACAGACGACUCCAACAUCAUCCGUGACGAAUACUUGCUUUUCAAUGACCCCAGCCAAGGGACACAAAACGUUUCGUUCUACGACAGCGCCAGGCCCCUUGGGUAUUUCUUCCAGGGCCUGCCGUCUCCCACGGGACCAGCAGGAAACUGGACCUGGGGUGCAUUGGUCUCCUCUGUGCAGCGAGAGAGCAUCACGGCCGGCACAGACCCCUGGUAUCUAACUGUCCCCGAUGGUGGCAACGAUGUAGGCUUCGUCGUCAAAGGGGGACGACCGGCACUUUCAUGCUGGCAGAACGACGUCUGGUCGUACCGAGGUCACCAGAGUACCGCUAUCGCCCUUGAUUCGACCUCCGUUCCCGGUCUGGAACUCUCGACGGGGCUGCAAAAUGUCUUGGCCCGCUUUCUGUCGCUGCCGAAGAUUGUGACUUUAGCUACUCGCUUGGGCGCCUCCGCACUCGCGUCCACCGACACCUCACUAGGCGAAAAGUUUGACGCUGGCUCGUCCAGUUUCCGCGGCGAUCUAGAGCGCCUGGUGUUCGCCUCAUAUAUCGCGACCAUGAACACGCUCACAGACACCACCCUAUUCUCCACCAACAACUACGGCAUACCGAACCUAGUUAGCGAAUCCGACGGUAAGACAAGCCCUGGAGUCGACGAGUUCGUAAUUUGGAGCAGCAACGUGUCAACGCUGUCGAUCCUUGCCCUCAUCAUCGUCCCUGUCAUGACAGUAGCCAUGAAGGUGAUCGUCUGGGCUCUCACAGACCUGCCCUUCUCCUGGUACCGCAUCCAGGCCCUGCAAGCGACGGUGCUGUACAGUUGCCUGCACGAGAAGGCCACGGGGAUCAACGACGUUGAAUGCAACCGCCGCGACGAUCGACCUUGGGUCAAGAAAGGAGACCUCGAGCAGGGCGUGUUCAGGCCACGGUUCGACAGAGGGAGUAGAACCCUCAGUUGGGGCGGAGCAGAGUACGUGAAUUUUAUGAACCCCCUUUUGGUUUCGACAUGCAUACGUACAUACACGAACGAACCUUUGGAAUCAAGUGACUGA